CUUCAUCUUCACAAUCCGCCAGACAGUUCUCUACCAAUCGGACUUCAACUGUGAACACAACUUAACUCACAGUCCAAAGUACAAACACCACCCUUCCAAUAACACUCCCUUCAAAAUUCCACACAACACUCAACCACCUCCACCCACAACGCUCCCAAAGAUGGUGAGUAACUUUCAACUCCCCAACUUCGCAGGCUACUCGUCCGCAAGCAGUGUACCGCAGCCGCAACCCACUACCAUGAGUGGAAUGGACUCAAUCCCAUCCAAUGUCACCUCGUUCGGGACUCAAAUGUGCUUACAAAUGGCCUCUCUGAUCGCUCUCUGCGUCGAAGAGGACUGUUCACGCCUCUUAGGGAACCUCCACACGAUACACAGCGUAGUGGUAUUCUGCAUCGGCUUCGCCUGCAACCUGAUGACCCUCUUCCUCGACAACCUCUGCGAAGCGCUGGAAUCGGACUUCGUGCGCUCACACUUAGUCGUGCUCGCAUAUAUAGGGCUCAUCGUAGAGAUAUUUUACCUCAUAAAACUUAGUAAUCCCGUGGACAAUAUACCCGUUCCUGGGGACAUUGUGCUAUUGAGUUCAAAACCGGCACAUCCAUCUGGUUAUAUCUACAAUCCUGUUAACGAUAUCCCCGUCCCCGGCGAUAUUAUGCAAUUAGAUCCCACUCCGACGACAUCGACGAGCGUUGCUACAGGCUCUGACAGCAGCGAGGGCGAGAAGUCUUCUACUAGCGAUACGUCUAUUACUAGCCAGAGGUCUACACCCCGUGCUAGUAGGUUACCCAUACCCUCACCCAAGAUACUGCCACUUGCAGAACCAUUCACACGCGAUCUGAGGUCCCUAUCCCAUCAACAGAUGCGGGAAUAUCAAGCUGCGGUGAGGACGGCUUUGCAGCCUAGGCGCUUUGGUACCCUAUGGUCUAUUCCGAGUGAGGUGAGGGCGAUUCUGGACAGAGGACGCGUGAGGACCGGGGAACCUGCGACGGGUACUACAAGCCGUACGACGAGGAAGUGAGUGUUGAGUUGACGGGAGGUAAAUAAACUGGUAGAUAUUGAGAGACGAGACAAAUUAACA